AUGUGCACCCAAGAACUCAUCUGGUGCAGCUGCGGCCACGGCGAAUUCCUGCCCAUCAACCUCUGCACGCAAGGUCAACGCCUCGGGACGUGCUGGACGAUUGUGCAUGGAGAUCAUAAUAUUGUGUUGGCGUCGAGGUGCUCGUAUUGUCAGGCGGGGUUGAAUCGAAGGCGGCCGUUGAGGAGUCCGAGGCCGAGGGGGGAUGUGGCGAGAGGGGUGGAGGCGAAUGGGGAGGUGGAUGUUGAGGAGGAGUUGGAGAGGUUGUUGGAGGGGAGUGGGGAUGAGGGGGUUGAGGUUGAGGUUGGAGCGCUGGCUGCGCAGACGAAUGCGGAGAUGGACGGGGGUGAGGUGGUGGAAGGGAGUGUUGGGGAGUUUUCGUUUGAUGAUGUGAUGAGUACGGAUUGGGAGAAGGGGUUUGAAUUGGGCGAUGAGCUUUGGAAUUUUGAUGAUUUUGGGUUGGCGGAUCUCAAUGAGAAGGAGGAGGCUAAGGAAUAA